CGUGGAGCCAUCUUCUAGAGAGCGGGCGACUCCCGAACUCCUGGCCAUGCAGUGGGCUGGCCGGGAAAGUCAACAGUCAUCAAUGCUGUUGUGCAUCGCACACCGCUUGAACACAAUAAUGUACUAUGAUUGCAUCGUCGUGAUGGACGAUGGAAGAGUGGCAGAGUUUGACAUACCACUCAAUCUCUUUGACAAGGAGAACUCAAUCUUCCGGUCGUUAUGCAACGAGGCAGGUCUCUCCAGAGAGAACAUUAUUAGCAUCCGUAAUUCUCACUCCGCUGGCUACUCGGUGCCUUGCUCGGCAUCCUAAUUCCUUCAAUCUAUACGGGUUGAUGUGUCGUUCUCCCCUUACACGAGAAUGCUGCACACGCGCAUUCAAUAUACCAGACCCGCUUGUCUCGCACUCUAUAUUCAUUCAUUUUCUUG